CGCGCUCAUCUCCUUCCCGCGAAAAAAACAAGCAGCGCCACCACUAACAAUUUUAUCGACUGAAGAAAAAGGUAAGAAUUUUCCGGCAGCGUUGUUUUUAACUGUUUAGUAAAUCAUAUGAAAAUGUCUCGGCAAAUAUAACGGUCGUCAGAGCGUUUCGUACAACAACAAUCAUUUUGUUUAUUUGUUUUGAUUAUUAAUUAAAAAAUUAAGAUAAAUUUAUUAAUUUGUUGAAAUAAACUCAAGAUAAGAAAAAGUAAGGCGUAAUUUUUAGAAUGACUUCCAAGUGAUGAUUCCCGCGGGAUUCUUUUAGAGAUUCAAGUUUGCUGUAGCGAAAAGGAGCAAGUGGAUUUUACAUUUAGAUAUUUUUUAUAAUUAAAUAAUUAAAAAUGUCUGAAACACAGUUGAUAUUACGGAAGUGGGAAGAUUUUUUGAAAGCAGGAAAAUUCGAAGGUCUUGCUCAAGAAAUAAAGGAAACUGAUAUAAAACCAUCAACUAAAUUAGACACAUCUUGGACACGUCUGUUGGUGUUUAUUUGCCACUACGUAACAUCCGACGAAAAAGUAUCAUCAUCCACAGCUUCAGAAAUCAAAAAAAUCAUCAGCGCAAUCCACCUGAAGUUAUUUUCUAUACCAGACCCAGUAAAAUAUUUUUCAUCGCUCUACCACGUGGUAAGAAUAUUUCUGUCGUCAAAGCACCAUCAAGAGGCCCUCGAAGUCACAAAUUAUUUCCUACCAGGUACAGUAUGGUCCUCAGCAGUCGAAGAUCCAUCCUAUAUUUCAAAACUGACAACUUUGUGGGCCUCCAGUCUGGUCAGUUAUUUAAAGUCUAACAAAACUCGAUUCGAGAAGGCGACAGAGUUAAUUAAAUACCAGCUGAAACUGCGCUUGCUCUGCGACCCAGACGAGCACCGAGUGUUCAUCAACGAUCUCGACUCCUACUUCAUGAUAAUCAAGUCCUACGAAGAUGAAAAGUACAAGGAAGGCUUCCAGAGCUUCAUCAUGAAGAUUGAGACGUUGACUGACACAAAAAUUUCUCUGGGAACGAAAGACAAGUACCGUACUUACGAGAGCUUCCUGCGGCUUAUUACCGACAUCUUGUCGGAUAAAAUAAAUAUCAAGGGAAUUAAAAAAAUUUCAGGCGAAAAAAUCAAGCAGCUCUUCGACCCGUUCCGCGAGGCAGUGAAAGCCGAUUAUGAAAUCAACAAAUGCUUUGCAAUGUACGAGCUCAUGUGCUCAAUUUUUACACGACCAGUUUCUGCAUUUGACAAAGUUACCGUCUGCGAAAUUGACACUUACAUCCAAACGCUCGAUAAAAUUAUCCAAAAACACGGUGUCCAGAACGCAGUGACUAAAAAUUCUAACCACGUAUUAUUGCUGCUCCAAUUCGUUUUAUUUUACUGGGAAACUUAUGCCAAGACAAAAGAAAAGUUUGACAUUCCUGUAGAAUUAAUACCCAAGCUUCUGAGCUUGAUAAUCCAUCAGGCUGAUUUAUUUUCUAAGAUAGAAAUUUCCUCUUGCAAAAAAUGUUCGUCAGACAAGUGUACGGUAAAAAAAGACAUUCAAAAUUCUAUUGGAGUUAAAAUUCGAAUUCUCUUGAUACUAAGCCGAAUCGCCGCAACUUCCGAAGACCUCAGACGAAUCGGCUUUUCUGUCUUCGAAGACUGCGUCAAAAUAGUCUCAGAAUUAAAAGAAAACAAUUGUGAAUCUUGGUUGAAAAAUUGGACUCUCUGUUGUUCAAGAAUUUACAAUAUUAUUCUUCAGUAUGAUGAAAAUCACUAUCAAGAUUAUAUUCUAUUCAGUGAGCUACUAUGCACCAAGAUCAAGAGCUUCGGAGUGGAGAAGCUUCUCGAGCCAGAAGAAAAUUUCUUGGCUAUUUGCUUACACCGACUUGGAUCUACGCAUUAUCACAACAAAAACUACAAAGCCGCUAUGGAGGUCGCAUCUUUGAGCGCGUAUGUAGGCUUGACUACCGGAGAAGGUUCAUCUUUUCGUACCUGGGCAAACUGCAAGUACCGGUACCCAUCAGCAAAGUCUAUGACUAUGGUAGAAUGUCUGGAGUCCAACAAAACGGCAGCACGAUUCGGAAUCACGGUUUUAUUAGACGACUCUCAGAAACGGCAAAUAUGCUUGCAAGAAAUCAAAGGCUUGGAGAACUGUCCAAUGAAUAUGGUGUCUUCAAUCUUAGUAGUAGUUGAACUGUUGCAAACUUUAGAUCCUAGUCCGAUAGAGUACGCCGAGGCGAUCCACUUGCUCGGUUAUCAUCAGCUGGACUUUCAAAAUUCCGAGUCUCUAGAAAAAUUCCUUACAACAGCUAAGAUGGAGUUAAAAAAAUCACCAAAAACACCGUCAAGACAAUUGCUGUACGGAAAUUUACAAUUUUAUUCAUUCGUCCAAAAACUUGCAGACAUUCGCAGCACCAUUGAAGCUGAAAUGCUGACAUCUACCAUGCGAUUGUCUGUAAAAAUCCGAGGCGACCUCGCGAGCAGCGUCGUUCCAGCUUACAGCUUGAUAAACAUCACCACUUCUUCAAACUUGGAAGCUUCUUUAGAACGAGUGCUGGAAUUCUGGACAAAGUACUGCGAGCAAGAAGGCCUGAUCGAGAGCUUCGGUAAAUUUCUAACUCCCAGUAUGAUGAUAAGGCUCGUGAUAAUCGCCGGAGAGUACGCGAAGUUCUACCACUUCCGCGGAGCGGAGAUAUCUGCAUGGAAGCUGGCGAUGAGUUUGGCGAGCAAGUUCAAAGACGAGCGGUCUAUAAUGUACAUCUGCAGUCGCAGCAUCAUGUCGAGGUACCUGAACAUCCAGUGGAUCGCCCUCGCCCAGGAGACUGCUGAUAAAUUAAAAGCCUCUAGCGUCGAAGAAAUAACCGAGAGCAUCGCAAUGUUUAAAUUCAGCUUGUCAAGCUACUACUUCUACCUCGGUCGUAUUGACGAGGCUAAAAAAAUAUUCGACGAAGCUUUGGAGAGUCCUAUGAUGAAAUUCACCAAAAAUUACCCUACUUAUCUCUACGCGAUGGACAUACUGAUAUCCGAGCGACUGAACUACGACGAGUGCUUCAAUAAACACAAGUACAUGCAGGCGAUAAUUGAAGGCUUGUAUACGGUGAUAUUAAUCGAGGAUAAUUUUUUGUCCUCGCACAACCUUCCUCGAGAAGACCUGCUCUACAGACUGGACAUCGCCAUGGAAUUCACGAGUCACAUGACGCUGCGUAUGAACAGUCUGUUGUCUUACCGCGAGAUAUCUGCGCACUUGAUGCGUCGCUUGAAAGUAGUCCAGAAAUUAGGAUCCACUCUCCACGUAGCAGAGUAUCUUAAAAAUCUCUGCUUUCUUGAUUUGUCGCGCAAUCAAUUAGAGGAUUGCGAAGUCAAGCUUCAAGGACUUGAGCAUAUUUUGAAGCUGGACUCGUUUGACUUUGGCAAAGCGACUAAAUCAAAGAAAGGUGUCAAUAUCUUUUACGAUAACUCUCCUAUAAAAUUGGUUGAAUUGGUCCGUGAUAUUCCACAUAAUGACGCAUCGCCGGUGCUGAUGACUAAAAUAUUUUCUUCACCUGAUUUUAUGGAGCACGAUAAAGAUUGCAAGUGUUUUAAAUGCACAAAUUUUGCUUACAAGUACAUGGUGUUUUCUUGCACGCAUAUUCGCGCUCAGCUUUACGCGGCGCAGAAUAAUGUAGCGCAAGCGGUGGAGCAUUUUUACGGAGCUUUGCAGAUUAUCAAGAAGCUUAUUGAUGUCCAGGUGGAGAAUUUUGAGAUUGUCUCCCAGCGAUAUGUGGAGUUUGUGCUUUUCUUGCUGGAUUUUGCAAAGUUCAUCAAGUACUCAGUGCCAAAUGGAGAUGCUGAUGCUCUGAGUAUGCUUGUCUAUGCAUUGAAUAUUUGUGAAACUCACAAAAUAAAAAAUCACCCGGUUUAUUUUUGCGUCAAGGAGGUUAUUUUUGAAGCUAGGUUCCAGGAGACUUUUCUAGCUGAUCUUUAUGCUAAGUUUGUGGUUCCUGAUGCUAGAUCUGAGGUUCAAGGUGAUGAAAUGAUUACUAAGGGAGAUAUUUGUACAACGCCUGUUAGAGGAGACGCUAGAACUAUUGUUAAAGUCAAGCGAAGAAAUACUCCGCCUAUUAUAACCUUUGGUGGAGCGAAUAUUGAUAGAAUUGAAGAAGACAAUGAUUGCUUGACACCUGUUGUUGCUUGUGAUAAUCAGGUGAAGGUUGUCAAGAAACCGAGCAGAGUUAUGAAGGUCAAGCCAAUAAGACGGAAAAUUUCAGACUCGGAGUAUCUUACUCCGAAUGGGAAAAAAAAUAAUGAUCUAAACUCGGGGAUUUGUCAAGUUUCAGGAGAUUCCAAAGAAAUUUCGGAGAGUAAGGAACAAAAGGGUCUUAAUCUUAAUCCUCCGAAGAUUAAGAUUAAAUCUGUUGAAAAAGCUAAUUUGGACCUUAAUCUUCUUCGCAAGACUCGAGAAAAGUCAGAGGUAACUGGAGGUGAUGAUGUUAAUAGUAAUGCUUGUAAAUCUAGGACAAAAAUAGAAAAUUCAACGGGAAGAACCGGGUCUAAUUCUAAAGGUACCAAAGAGCAGAAAAUUAGAAGUGAGCGUGAAGAGAAUGUUAGUGAUUUAGAUUUGAAUAAUAGUGAUAAUUCAAAGGUUCGUAAAACAAGGUCUGGUUUAACAGCGAGAGCUAAGACUAAUUUGAAGGCGGAGGCAAAAAAUGAACUGGAUACUAUUGUGGAAGACUUACAAAAUGUACAUAUUAGUCAAAGUACAACUGUUGGUAAGUCAAGAUGCAAAUCUAAGGAUUUGAAUGCUGAAGAAGAGACCAAAAGUACUCAAGAUAAGACUUCUAGAAAUACUGAGGCGAAGAAUGUAAUUGAUUUGGAAAAUCAGGAUGAAGAGAAUAGUAACACUGAAGAACCAAGAAGGUCGAGACGCAUCGCUGCGAAGAAAUCCGAGCCUGAUAUAAAUAAAUUUAAAAUUUUGAAACUGAGGAAUUGAUGGAGAAGUUGGGUGAUUUGUAUUAGAUACAUGUAAAUGAAUUUAAUUAUUUUUUUUAAUUAAAAGAGCCAGGUUUUUGAUCCAAGAUGUUGGAAAUAAUGUCAACAUUUUGGAAUUAUAAAUUAAAUUAUAUUUAUUGAUGAGUUUAUUUAAUCCUAAGAGUUAUAAGUGAAAAACUGAUCUUAAAAUUAUUUUUGUAAAAAUUUUUUAUUACUUUUUAUAGAUAUUGAUUAAAUGUAAUGAGUGUCUGGAAUUUUAGUACUAUUUGUAA